GUGUGCUAGUGUUAAGCGCAAUGUAUGUGAGCAUCUGGUGCCACAAUCUGAAUUUGAGCAGCCGCAGCCUGGCCAUUGCCCUGGUGGUCUGCGUGACGCUCGUCUACUUCUCCUACAGCUUCAAUGCCUGCCUCUUUGAGAGCAUCAGUCGCUCCUUGCAGCAGAGCAAUCUACGAAAUUUGCUGACGCUGCAGCGGCGCAACGUUAGCAGCGAGCCCGUCAAGGAUGCCGGCACUGCUCCGGAGGCCACCUCCAGCACGGCUAUAAUGCCCAAUAGCACCGGCAGUGCGGCCAGCAUUGGCAGUGGCAUUGCCAGCGUCGAUGGCGCGCCCAAGUAUCAAAUGCUGCGCCAGCAGGGAUUGCGCCCCUCACGCCAUUUGCCCGAUACGCUCAUCAUUGGCGUUAAGAAGAGCGGCACCCGGGCACUGCUCGAGUUUAUACGCCUGCAUCCGGAUGUGCGUGCCGCCGGCUCUGAGGUGCACUUCUUCGAUAGGCACUAUCAGCGCGGCCUGCGCUGGUAUCGCCAUCAUAUGCCCUACACCAUCGAGGGCCAGAUAACCAUGGAGAAGACGCCCAGCUAUUUUGUCACAAAGGAGGUGCCGCAGCGCGUAUAUCACAUGAACCCGGCCACAAAACUACUGAUUGUGGUGCGAGAUCCGGUGACUCGCGCCAUCUCGGACUAUACGCAGGCGGCUAGCAAAAAGGCGGACAUGAAACGAUUCGAGCAGCUGGCCUUUGUUAAUGGCAGCUAUUCUGUGGUGGACACCAACUGGGGCCCAGUCAAGAUUGGUGUCUAUGCGCGUUAUCUGGAGCACUGGAUAUUGUACUUUCCGCUUUCGCAGCUGCUCUUCAUAAGCGGCGAGCGCUUGAUUAUGGAUCCGGCCUACGAGAUUGGACGUGUACAGGACUUUUUGGGUCUGAAGCGUGUGGUCACCGAAAAGCAUUUCUAUUUUAAUGCCACCAAGGGAUUCCCCUGUUUAUUCAAAUCGGAGGCACGCUCCACGCCCCACUGUUUGGGCAAGACAAAGGGACGCAAUCAUCCGCAUAUCGAUGCCAAUGCGAUUGAGCGACUCAGAGAAUUCUACAGGCCGUUCAAUAAUAAGUUUUAUCAACUGACUGGCAUUAAUUUUGCCUGGCCCUAGAAUGAGUGAGAGAUAGUGGCAGAGGGGGAGAGAGAGGGAGAGAGAUAGAGAUGUUGUUGCAGCGGAAUUUAGCAACAGACUGAUAUUGUUGAUUGCAUUUUUUAUACAUACCAUUGUACUUAUACAUAGAAGAUAUAUAUACAAACAAAUAUGGUAUUUGCUAUCGAUGUGAUGCAAUUGCUGUAUGUUUGAAAGAUACGCUACGUAAUAUUGCUCAAUUAUUGAAAACAAUAUGAUAACAACAAAAUAAUAAACGGUUCCUUCUCUCAAUACACAACGCACAGACACACGAAAACUACUAUAUAUAAUGCCUAAAAAA